GUGUGAUGGUCAUGUGAUCAGGCGUGUUGCUGAAGAUGGCGUGCUGUGGAGGCUGCUUGUGUUGUCAAUGCUGCUGCAAUGAAGGCGAAACAAGAACACCAGAGGAGCUGACAAUACUGGGUGAAACCAGAGAAGAUGAAGACGAAAUAUUGCCCAGAAAAGACUAUGAGAGUUUGGAUUAUGACCGAUGCAUUAAUGAGCCAUUCCUGGAGGUUUUGGAGGGGUUGGAUAAUAAGAAAGCAAGAAAGUAUGAAGCGAUAAAGUGGAUUUUAGUUUUUGCAAUUGGCGUAUCAACAGGACUGACUGGCCUGUUUGUUGAUUUCUUCGUUCGGCUCUUCACUCAGCUGAAGUUAAAAGUGGUUGCACAGUCUGUGGAAGAAUGCAGUGAAAACGGCUGUCUAGCUCUCUCCUUACUGGAGCUGCUUUCCCUCAACAUGAUGUUUGUAUUCAUUUCCAGCGUUCUGGUGCUCAUUGAGCCUGUUGCAGCCGGGUCUGGAAUCCCAGAAAUUAAAAGUUACCUGAACGGAGUAAAGAUUCCCGGCAUUGUGCGGCUGAGAACCUUCAUAUGUAAGGUCACAGGAGUCCUGUUCGCUGUUGCUGGAGGAUUGUUUGUGGGUAAAGAGGGACCGAUGAUUCACAGUGGAGCGAUCGUAGGAGCAGGACUUCCUCAGUUUCAGAGCAUCACCUUCAAGAAGAUCCGCUUUCACUUUCCCUAUUUCCGCAGCGACAGGGACAAGAGGGAUUUUGUGUCUGCGGGGGCAGCGGCCGGAGUGGCGGCUGCCUUCGGGGCACCCAUAGGAGGCACACUCUUCAGUCUGGAGGAGGGGUCAUCCUUCUGGAACCAGGCCCUCACGUGGAAAGUGUUGUUCUGCUCCAUGUCUGCCACUUUUACGCUCAACUUCUUUCGUUCUGGGAUCAACUUCAAUAAAUGGGGGUCGUUCCAGCUGCCUGGCCUGCUCAACUUUGGAGAGUUUAAGUGUGCAGACGGAGAUAAGACCUGUCAUUUGUGGACGGCAGUAGAUUUGGCGUUUUUUGUGUUGAUGGGGGUGGCAGGAGGUUUGCUCGGCGCCCUCUUCAACUGCAUCAACAAACGGCUUGCAAAAUACCGCAUGAGGAAUGUUCACCCCAAAGCAAGAUUCAUCAGGGUGCUGGAGAGUCUGCUGGUGUGUAUGGUCACCACGCUGGUGAUCUUCGUGGCGUCGGUGACUCUGGGGGAGUGUCGAGAUUUAGCAUCCGCUAAUAACAACACAUCAACACAGGGGUCUGUAAAUGAAGAGGUGAAUUUAACUUUACGACACUUCUUCUGCUACAACAACACGUACAAUGACAUGGCGACCCUGUUCUUCAACCCUCAAGAGGUGGCAAUCCACCAGCUCUUCCACCAAAAUGCUACCUUCAGUCCCGUCACCCUCUCGCUGUUCUUUGUGCUGUAUUUUUUUCUGAGCUGCUGGACAUACGGCGUGUCCGUCCCCAGUGGUCUGUUUGUCCCGUCUCUCCUCUGUGGAGCUUCACUUGGGCGCCUAGUGGCCAAUGUCCUAAAGAUUAACUUCCACAUGCAGAUAUAUUCGGGGACCUUUGCUUUAAUCGGAGCAGCUGCCUUUCUAGGAGGUGUGGUCAGAAUGACCAUCAGCCUGACGGUCAUCUUAAUUGAAUCCACCAAUGAGAUCACAUACGGACUUCCCAUUAUGAUAACGCUGAUGGUGGCCAAGUGGACAGGAGAUUUUUUUAAUAAGGGAAUAUAUGAUAUUCAUAUUCAUCUAAAGGGAGUCCCGCUGUUGGAGUGGGAAACGGAGGUCGAGAUGGACAAAUUAACGGCUAGUGACAUCAUGGAGCCCAACCUGACAUACGUGUAUCCUCACACCCGUAUCCAGUCUCUGGUCAGCAUCCUGAGGACCACAGUCUAUCACUCUUUCCCCGUCGUCACCGAGAACAGAGAUAACGAGAAGGAGUUUAUGAAGGGCAAUAUCCUCAUAAGCAACAACAUCAAAUUUAAGAAAAGCAGCGUGUUGACGCGUGCCGGGGAGCAGAGGCGGAGGUGCCAGUCCAUGAAAUCGUACCCGUCAAGUGAGCUGCGCAACGUGUGUGACGAGCAGACUGCUGUGGAGCCGGCUGAGGAAGGCCAGGACAUCCUUCAGCAGAUGCUGGAGAGGAGACACGUGCCGUACCCAAACCUGUACCCGGACCAGUCUCCCAGUGAGGAGUGGACGAUGGAGGAGAGGUUCCGGCCGCUCACCUUCCACGGGCUCAUCCUGCGCUCACAGCUCGUCAACCUGCUCAUCCGCGGCGUCUGCUACGCUGAAAACCAGUCGAGUGCCUCGCAGCCACGGCUCUCCCAUUCAGAGAUGACUGAGGAUUACCCACGAUUCCCUGACAUCCACGAUCUUGACCUGGCCCUUCUCAAUCCGCGCAUGAUUGUGGAUGUGACACCUUACAUGAACUCCUGUCCAUAUACAGUCUCUCCAAAUACACGCGUGUCCCAAGUAUUUAAUCUGUUUAGGACCAUGGGACUUCGACAUGUACCUGUGGUCAAUGCGGUGGGAGAGAUCGUGGGCAUAAUCACCAGACAUAAUCUAACCCAUGAGUUUUUAGUUGCUAAACUCCGACAGCAUUACAUCACAAUCUAAGACUCCGUCUGCGAUCAAGCAGCUAAACGUGAAUGAUGGCGUCCUCGAGGCGAGAAGAGCCUGAACCCCUGUAUCAGGUCUCACCC